AUGUCAAUGGGUGUGAUGGAGUACGAUUCCGAAGAGAAUGAUUCAUAUAAUAAUAAUGGAGGAGUUGUCGAAGAACAAGUUGACUGGCACAUGGACAACCAAUCAAAUGAAAAAUUCUUCCACCAUUCUAACUCGCAAAUGCACUCCUUUGGCCACCACCAGCACCCUUCACUUCCACCUCAACAGCAACAACAACAAAUGAAUGCAAACUACAUGGUCGAGCAAGUUAGUGAACCAGUUCGUUGUGAAGUCGUGGCUACAUCGAACGAAAACAGCAGCCCAGAUCGUAGCAACAAAGUUGGAGGCAGUGGCAGCAACAAUGCAUUACAUUCAACUUCCAAGACACCUAAUCAUCAAUUUGUAAUGGGAACUGUUAAAAGAAGAGGUCGCCCUCCUAAGCCAGAUAGUGAGAAAAAGGCAAGGAAAGACCCAAAGCCAAGAGGUCGACCUCCAAGAAAUUCUUUAUUACAGGUGGCCAUUGUGAGCAAGAAACCCUCGUCAUCCUCAUUGUUUCCUACUGUUAACUCGCAACAAGGCUCGGACAAUGCCUCACUCCAAGAAUCUCCAUUCCCACUCCUGCCCUCGGCAUUCAACAACAUCAACAAUUCUGAUUCGGGCAAGAAGAGUAGGGGGAGACCCAGGAUUCACCCACAAAAGGAUCCUGGCCUGAAGAGGCCCAGAGGGCGACCUCGAGUUACGCCACUGGUUGGAGAGGCAGCGUGGAAAGCUGAAUGUGGAAAGAUGAGGAGGCUAGUCAAGAAGAAGGACCAAGUAAUUACGAUUUUGAAGAACAAACUGAUCGAACUGGGACACAACAUUGAGGAAGUGCUUAUGCAGGGUCGAGAUGACGUCACAGGUGGUGAGGACGACAACGACGAGGAUGACGAGAACAACGACGACGACAACCAGCAAUCUCAGACGCAGCACAACAGCUCCAGCAACAACAACAGCAUCAUCGAAGGAGCCACUAUAUGGAUGGAGUUAGGAAUGUGA